UAUCAUUUAACACAAGGCUGAAAUAUGACAAAUUACUCUGUACCUUUCCAACGGCUAUAGUGAUUUAUAAUGUAACUACACGAAAUAUUUAAAUAUCAUAUUCUUACAUUUCUAAAUGGUUCUAUUUUGUAGCGACUUCGGAAACGUUUUUGUUGGCCACCUAAUUUCCCACGCACAUGCCAUCCCAGUUGCCAUAACGCGAAGACAACCGUGUAUUUGAGUUUACGUGAAAUUAUAGCAAUCAUGUUGAAAUCUAAAACCUUCGUUAAGAAGACCCGGUCUGGGGGGGUGAUGAAAAUCGUGCGGGAACAUUAUUUGAGAGACGAUAUUUGGUGUGGAAGCGAGGUUUGUAGCGAGUGCCAGCAAGAUUCAACUACUGUGUUACAGAAAGACGCGAUUAUUGAGAGCAACUUGUGCUCCUUUCCACAUUACCUCGUUCCUGACACCAACGUAGUGCUGCAUCAGAUUGACAUACUGGAAGAUCCAGUGCUCCGAAAUGUGAUCAUCCUUCAGACUGUACUGCAGGAGGUGCGACAUCGCAGCGCGCCAGUUUACAAGCGCCUGAAGGACAUCAUUCACGAGAAGGAGAAGCACUUCUACACCUUCACCAAUGAACACCACAGGGACACAUUUAUUGAACGUGAACCAGGAGAGAGUGCAAAUGAUCGAAAUGACAGAGCAAUCCGUGUUGCAACCAAGUGGUACAGCCAGCACCUGAAGACAUCUGAGUCAGGCGACGAUGGACUCAAGGUUGUGCUCCUGACUAAUGACCUGGGGAACAAGCAGAAGGCAGAGAAUGAUGGAUUGCUGGUUUAUAAAUGUGAGGAAUACAUCAAGAGUCUCAUAGCGAACCCUGAGCUGGUGGAUCGUCUUGCUUUGUCAAACGAUGAAAAGAGCGAUAUCACGAGCAGUAAGGUGCUAUUCCCAGAGCAUCUAUCCCUCUCCAAGGUCCAGGCUGGCAUCAAGAACGGAUCUUUUGUCCAGGGCACCUUCAGAGCCAGCAGAGACAACUAUUUAGAAGCCACAGUUUUUGUUCAAGAAGAGGGAAAGGAGAGUACAGAGGUUCUCAUUCAGGGUCUGGAGAAUCUGAACCGAGCUGUGCAUCAAGAUGUGGUGGCCAUACAGCUUCUGCCAAAGAGUCAGUGGCUCGCGCCAUCUUCAGUUGUGCUGCAAGAUGUGGGAAAAGCAAAGGAUGAAAAUGUUGAAGAGGUGGAGGAAGAGGCGCUUGGUGCUCCAACUGCAGACGUAGCCAAGAAGCCCACCGGAAAAGUCGUGGGCAUCAUUAAGAGAAACUGGAGACCGUUCUGUGGCAUGCUCAAUGUUUCACAAAUCAAAGAAUCGACGCGUCACCUCUUCACGCCAGCCGACCGUAGAAUCCCCCGCAUUCGUAUUGAGACUCGACAGGCAUCUACUCUGGCAGGCCAGAGGAUCAUGGUGGCCAUCGACGGCUGGCCCAAACACUCCAGAUAUCCAAAUGGUCACUUUGUGCGAAGCCUCGGCAUGGCUGGGGAAAAGGACACAGAGCAGGAGGUUCUGCUGCUGGAGCAUGACGUUCCACAUCAGGCAUUCUCUCAAGCUGUGCUCAGUUUUCUGCCCAAAAUGCCCUGGAGCAUCACUCCGGAGGACAUGGUGAGAAGAGAGGACUUGAGGGCGCUGACUGUGUGCAGUGUUGACCCUCCAGGAUGUACUGACAUUGAUGACGCCUUGCACUGCAGAGAGCUGGACAACGGAAACUAUGAGGUUGGAGUUCACAUUGCUGAUGUCAGUCACUUCAUCAGACCUGGAAAUGCUCUGGACCAAGAGGCGGCCAACAGAGGGACAACUGUUUAUCUUUGUGGAAAAAGGAUUGACAUGGUGCCUGAACUGCUCAGUUCCAAUCUGUGUUCUCUUCGCUGUCAAGUUGAAAGGCUGGCUUUUUCAUGCAUCUGGGAAAUUAAUAACAAGGCAGAAAUUCUGAAGACACGCUUCACCAAGAGCGUAAUCAACUCCAAGGCAUCUCUCACUUAUGCAGAAGCUCAACUGCGGAUCGACGACACGACCAUGAACGAUGACAUCACAAAGAGCCUGCGAGGGCUCAACAAACUGGCCAAAAUCCUCAAGAGGCAGAGGAUAGAGAAAGGGGCGUUGACGCUGUCAUCGUUGGAGGUCCGCUUCCACAUGGACAGUGAGACACACGACCCCAUUGACCUGCAGACCAAAGAGCUGGUGGAGACCAACUCCAUGGUUGAGGAGUUCAUGUUGCUGGCUAACAUUUCGGUGGCUCAGAAGAUCUACGAUGAAUUUUCCGAAUGUGCUUUGUUGAGGAAACAUCCUGCCCCGCCGCCGUCCAACUACGACAUCCUGAUCAAAGCAGCCAAGUCUAAGGACGUGGAGAUCCGCACAGACUCAGCGAAGGCUCUGGCUGAUUCCCUGGACGUGGCAAAGGUCGACAGCUUUCCGUACUUCAACACGCUGCUGCGCAUCCUGGCCACCCGCUGUAUGAUGCAGGCGGUCUACUUCUGCUCUGGAAUGGACAGUGAUUUUCACCAUUAUGGUCUGGCCUCUCCCAUUUACACACACUUUACUUCGCCUAUUAGAAGGUAUGCUGACAUCAUAGUUCACCGCCUCCUGGCGGUUGCCAUCGGCGCUGACAGCACGUACCCAGAUUUGAUGGACAAACACAAGCAAUCGGCUUUGUGUAACAACCUCAACUACAGACACAAGAUGUCCCAGUACGCACAAAGAGCUUCAGUCGCCUUCCACACACAGCUUUUCUUCAAGAGUCGUGGGAUUUUAAAUGAGGAGGGAUUUGUCCUGUUUGUGCGUAAGAACGCCAUCAUUGUCCUCAUUCCGAAGUUCGGUCUGGAGGGGACGGUAUUCUUUGACACUAAAGAUAAGAAGGCACCAAACUUGAUUUUUGAUGACGAGGGUCCCACACUGACGGUGGAGCAGCACACCUUCCGGAUAUUCGACAGAGUCAAGGUCACCAUCAGCCUGGAUGACUCCAACAUCCAGCACCAGAAGAUCCGCAUGGCCCUGAUUGACCCGAUUAUUCCUGGUGUCAGUGUUCCAGUCCCCGACAUGGAGCCGCAACCCAAGAAGCCCAAACUGGACCGCUGACCACUUGAUCUGUGUUGGUGGAGUCUAGAGCAGUCGUUUUUAUGUCCAUUUUGAUUGAAAGGUUUUUAACAACUAUUUGAACGUGUUUGUGCUUUCUUCAACCAUCGUUCCAUUUUCAGCUGGGCUCACAUAGGUACAUGUUUCAUUAAUUUAAUAUGAAGUUUAUAACAAUUGUUUAACUUCAUAUGAAACUUUUUUUUACUAAAAAAAAAAAAAAAAGUAGUAUAGCAUUCAAAUAUAACAAACACUGCAUGUCUAUAUCCUCAAUUUGCUUAGAAAUUGUCCUAUGUCAAAGCAAAUUUUGACUUUUUUUUGGAGGAAGUAAAUCAAAAUAUGACUUCAUAAUAGUUGUAAUUUUGUGCAGGUUUGUCAAACAUUUAAAUGAUACUUUAUUAAUCCUUGUUCAAAUAUAACCUAAAAUCUAACUGGUAAAAGACGACAGCUGUUUGAUAGACCAAAUUUAUUUGUUGUAUUUGGACCUAUUUUCCAACAUAUUGAAUUUGUUUUAAUUUUUCAAAGAAAUAAUUUAAAAGUAACACAUGUCUAUUGUAAUACAGUAUUACAAUAGACAAUUACAACUGAGAUUUAAAUAAAUAUCUAAAAGAUCUGUUUCUAAAUAAAGUAGCUCCACCAGUAACUACUUGCAGACCAAACAAAAACAGGAGAAAUGCACAAUGCAACUAAACGUGUAGAAACACUUAAUUUAAUUUCAUUCAUCCCGCACAUAAUUGUGGAUGUAAAAACAGACAAAUGGCUCUGUCAGUAUUCAAGUCAUAAGUCAUUCAGCUGGAUUUUUACAGCAAAGUGAAAUCCCUGAAUUCCAACAAAUAAAAAAAAAAAAAAAGAAAUGAAUCAAGCAUUAAUGCCAUUGUUUUAUAAAAUUCAGAAUCAAGUCAAAUAUUGAGCACCUAAACAUGAGUGUUAUGCAACACCCAAUUCAUUAAAGGUGAAACCCCUUUCGCCGUGUUCAGACCUAUUUUCAUAUCCAACCUAACCUGGCUGAAUCUGACUUCACUCGUGGGGCCUCACGUUUUCUUCAGUUGCAACCACACUUUGGAACCGCUGGUGACACGCUCACAGUAGUGUUAACAUCAGAGCAAGAAACUGCAAAUCAUUGUAAACUGUUUAAACAUGAUCAUCUCUCCCAGCACUGUUGGUUAGGAGACUCCAUGCUGAUGAUAAAAUGCCUGUAAGGGAAGGAAAAACAAUUCGGAAAAAUGUGAGUUUAACUGGCCAUUAUAAGCUUGUAAUUUGGAGUCAAGUUUCACCUAACAAAUGGCUCUACAUCUGUUGCUCCAUGACAAAUUCCUCUCCUCAGCUUUUAAUUCUAUGUUGAUCAAUUUAUCUCCACUGUUCUUGAUUUUAUGAACCUAGAAAAGCUGUUAUCAAAAACAUUCCUACUUUCCAAAACAAGUAGCUGCAGACUUUUCCCAAGACACUGAAGUAACAUGUUAAAGCAGCUAAAGAAUGCGAGAAAAUAUACCUUUACUUUUGAAUGCUUGCUAAGUUGCAGAGUGUCCUCUGUGUGCAUCGAAGUGAAAGACUCUUUGCUUUGACUGUCGGCGCUGAAACCAUCGAACACACCAG